AAGCCGAGUCCAUCGGUGGUGUGGUUUCACGGAAGUCGCCUAAUCGACGACAGUUACACGACUGGCCCGCACGGACUCGUACGCAAUGAGCUGAACGUCAGGCACCUGAACCGUACGGACUUCAUGUCAGUCCUCACAUGCCGUGCGAGCAAUACAAAUAUGUCCGAACCGGUCGUCAGUUCCGUUAUACUCGACAUGAAUCUAAAACCAUUGGACGUAUUGAUCGCAACGCCAAUGCGACCACUGGUGGCCGGUAUGCGGACAGAGCUUCAGUGCCGGUCGACGGGCUCCCGACCGCCGGCGCAGAUAACGUGGUGGAAACACAACCACAGGGUCACUACAGCCCGGGACUCACUAAUAAACGAUGGCAACACUAGUUUCUCAGUCGUGUCGUUUGUGCCGGCCAUCGAUGACAACGGCAAACAACUGUCCUGUAGGGCAGACAACUUGCCGAUGCCUCACACGGCCCUCGAGGACAGCCGUGUGCUUAACGUAUACUUUCCGCCACAAAUAACGCUAUCGUUUGGGGCGAACAUACAGAAAGAGUCUAUACGCGAGGGCAGCGACAUAUACCUCGAGUGUCACAUACGGGCCAACCCGUGGAUCAAAGAGGUUUUGUGGCUCUUCGACAGCAAACCAUUGGUCACCACUCAGUCGUCCGGUGUUAUCGUUACC